UGCUACGUGCGGUGGAGCGAGCAUAGAAGAAAGCAUAACCAGACAGUGAUCCCCCGUUUCCGGUAGCAUUUCCAACUAAAAUCCGUGCCGGAAUUACCUGUGCAUUUGUGUUCCUACGCGGUAGUGUGUUGUUUGCGUGAUCAGUUGCUAUUGUGUCGCCCGUCUGUCCAUCUUCCCCAAAUUGUUCCUUUAGAACGUCCGUGUGCGCAGUGAAGUGCGGUCGAGAAGUGUGUACAGCUAUUGUUGUUAUUGUUGGCGUACAGUUCCGAUGCGUAGUGUGUGCCAUCUUUCGUGAUUUUGUUAUAUAAUUGCAUGUACGUACGUGUGCCGCCGUACGCGCUACAUAUGCGCCCAAUGCCCAUGUGCCACCUUUCCCACACGCAGUGAUUCAAACAGUGUCAUCAAGUGUAGAGAAAGUCCGAAGUAAACAAAACAAGUCUGACGCAUUUUUGCACUACCGCUGCAAAGUUAGUGCGUAUUGCAUCCGAAAUUUGUCCGCCUGUUUAUUUCUGGCUGGACAAUAAAACUAGCUGCACAAAAGGAGGUUCGUCACCAUCAUCAUCGCACCAUGUACGCGAUGAAGCCGAUUCCGGUUCAACAGCUGCCGACGCAGCAACAACAGCAGCAGAUGGCCAUGCCGCGACAACCCAAGAUGACACCGAUCACGGAUGACUACGACAUUUCCAACACGGUUCUCGGACUCGGCAUCAACGGCAAGGUGGUACAGUGCACAAGCAAAUCGGCGGGCCAAAAAUAUGCCCUUAAGGUACUGCACGACAAUGCCAAGGCACGGCGCGAGGUUGAGCUACACUGGCGGGCGAGUGGAUGCCGAAAUAUUGUAAAUAUCAUCGACGUGUACGAGAAUAGCUACAGCGGCAAUCGAUGUUUACUGGUCGUUAUGGAAUGUAUGGAAGGUGGUGAACUAUUCCAACGAAUUCAGGAACGACAGGAUGGUCCAUUUACGGAACGAGAGGCCGCCCAAGUCAUGCAUGAAAUAUGUGUCGCUGUCAAGUACUUGCACGAUUCCAACAUCGCACACCGUGAUCUCAAGCCGGAAAAUCUGCUCUACACAUCGCCCCACCCGAACGCCAUACUAAAACUGACAGAUUUUGGCUUCUCGAAGGAAACGUUCAUCAAGGACACGCUGCAAACACCGUGCUACACGCCGUACUACGUCGCGCCGGAAGUGCUCGGACCGGAGAAGUACGAUAAGAGCUGUGAUAUUUGGUCGCUGGGCGUUAUCAUGUACAUAUUGUUGUGCGGAUUUCCACCAUUUUACAGCAAUCAGGGGCUUGCCAUCUCACCCGGCAUGAAGGCUCGUAUCCGUACCGGGCAGUACGAUUUCCCAAACCCAGAGUGGAAAAAGGUUAGCCAAGCGGCAAAGGAUCUAAUCAAGGGUAUGCUCAACGUUGAACCGGAGAAGCGUCUAACUAUCGAACAAGUCAUGAUGAACCCAUGGAUUCGGCGCUAUACGGAGGUGCCUCAAACACCGCUACACACUGGCCGUAUGUUGAAAGAGGGCGAAGAAAUAUGGCCCGAGGUGCAGGAAGAGAUGACCCGGUCGUUGGCGAACAUGCGAGUGGAUUAUGAGAUGCACAUCAAGAAUCUGGAUAGCUCAAACAAUGCACUGCUCAAUAAGCGGCGGAAGCGCGUCGAGGAGAAACCCCUCCCCAAAGAAUAAUUCCUUUUCUGUGGCCCUUCCCUCUUUGUGCUAAUGUCGACGUUGUGUGGCCCAUGUUGUGGUCACACGUACAUUUCUUUUCCGUUCACUGCAUUUGGUAUAGACCUAGAUAACUGACAAUUGCAGCGUGCAAGCAAACGAUCCGUUACACAGCUCCAAACAGUUAGAGGAGCUUUUUAAAAGUGUUUAAACCGUAAAGCCUCCAUUUUAAUUUCAUAUACUCUCCCCAACCAGUUAGUUUAGGCAAAGAGUUCUUACAACUACAACAAAAAAGACUAGUUUUUAAACAGUGUUAAGCAUUUUACUGCAAACUACUGGUAUGACCCGCUUGGAUGAAAGUUUAAUUUUAUUCGUAUAGCAGAAGAAAGUUGCAAUUAGAGUUAGAUAGCUUACGGUUUUAUAAAGCGUGCGUGACGCUAUCAACUGGAUUGGGGGUUUUAUCUUCUACGCGGUCACGACAAAAACAAUCACAAAGACGAUCUUUCCCUUCGGAUUUCUUCGUAGCUUGAAGGUACGAUCUGUUAGGUGUACAAGUAAGUUUCCUGAGUAUCUUUUUUUCCCAAAGUUGCAGGACUUGAUCGUGAGAAUGGUUUUUAAUCAAACGAUUGUUAAUUUAAAACUAUUAAUACUACUACUAUUAAGACAACGACUUACAACCUUUUGUUCUGAUUUACUUUGGCAUGCUUGAACAAGCUGUUUUAGGAUAGCUAUUUGUUCAUGUGCCCACUGCAUCAGUACAGUGUACAGUUCAUACACGUAAGUGUAAGAGACGAAAUUGUGAAUUUAAUUUAAUUGACCGGUCCGAGAGCGGUCCGGUGGUGUAAUGGUAGCGCCACCGGUCUUCGCGACAGAACCGAGGAAAAGUUUCAUCUGAUAAUACAGCUACUGAUUGCUACUGGUAAUAAGCCCGUCAAAGUCAACUUACAUAAAACGCCAGGAACUUACUUGUAGACCUAAUAGAAAAGGCGCUUUGGCGGCAAACAAUUAAAGCUUACCGCUAAAAAAGAAAUCAAAAACAUCACGUUUCUAUAUAUAAUGUAUAAAUAUAUAACUACAAAAUGGUGCUGCUGUUGUGUGAUGCCCCUCUUUAGCUUUGUUGUUCAUCCCGUGGAAAGGUGAUACGCAAAACAGACGAAGGUUGAAUUCGGUCGGUCAAUGCCGGCAAUGUAGUUCUAUAUUUUUUUAAAACAAAAAAUAUAACUGUUAAGCCACACACACACACGUGGAAAGAAGACGAUUUACUAACGGUACGAUAGUUGUGCUUGAAUCAGACAGAAAGGAGUAAGUUAAAGUGAAAAUGAAUUUUGAAUCAAAUAUUAUAGCACAGCAAAAAAAAACAGUAAAAAUCGAAAACAAAUAACUCCCCGUGGCGGCGGCUGCGGCAGGA